UCAAACUCAAACUCAAACUGAAGCAAAUUACAAAUUUUCUUUUCCAAUUUCCAACCCUUUCCCACCAAGCAAACAGUUCGAACAGACUUAAUGCCAUCUUGUGUCUGUUCACUUCCUUCAACAACCCAAAAAUGUCUAACUCCUUUACCCAACUGUCCAAAUCCAAUUCCCUUUAAAUACUCUCCAACCAUGCCACUCCACUUAUCCAAAGCCAUUUCCUUCCUAUUCUUAAGCCCCAAAUUCAAAUCCCCAAUUCCCAUGGCCACUCUCUCAUCCAUCUCUUCCACUCCCAAAGCUCGCCUCAGGGGAGUCGUUUUCGACAUGGAUGGCACACUUACCGUCCCGGCCAUCGAUUUUCAGGCAAUGUACCAAGCGGUUCUCGGCGAGGACGAGUAUCUGAGAAUUAGGGCGGAGAGUCCUUCUGGGAUCGAUAUCUUGCACCAGAUCGAGAAUUGGAGCCCCAAGAAGCAGCAGAAGGCGUACGAAACCAUCGCCGAUUUCGAGCGCCAGGGUCUGGAUCGCCUUCAGAUCAUGCCGGGUGCAGCGGAGCUUUGUGGGUAUCUUGAUUCUAAACGCAUAAGGAGAGGUUUAAUCACUCGCAAUGUUAUGACUGCAGUGGAUUUGUUUCAUCAACGUUUUGGGAUAAAAUUCUCUCCCGCGCUUAGUCGAGAAUUUCGUCCUUGCAAACCAGACCCAGCUCCACUGCUUCACAUAUGCUCAGUUUGGGAUGUUAAACCUGGUGAAGUGAUGAUGGUUGGUGAUAGUCUUAAAGAUGAUGUAAGGUGCGGCAAGGAAGCUGGAGCGUUUACAUGCUUGCUCGACGAAACGGGAAGGUAUGACUCGCCAGAAUAUGCCAAUGUGGAUCACAAACCAGAUUUCAAAGUGUCUUCCCUUGCUGAAAUCCACACACUAUUGGAAACAAAUUUUCAUCUUGCACCUUGAUCUUCCAUUAAAGCUGUUUCUACUUGCUUUUCAAUGCUUGAUAGGAAAGCAAAGCGUUAAUAUUCUAGGUAGGUAGUUGAUAUUUUGAUUCUGGGAACAUUUUGAGCUGAGGAAAAUCCCAGGAACUCAUUGGAUGUACUUUGGGGACGGUGGUAUUUUGUAGCCAUUAUGCAAACACAAUUGUACGGAAGGAUGUUGUAAGCGUAAUUGUGUAGCUGUAUACGUAUUAUAAAUGCAUGUUUUUCCGUUCAGUCA